GGCGGCUGGUUGGAGUGGUUUUUCGAGCGGCUCUUUUCGGGCCUAACUCCGAGGAGGAGAAGCCCGGCCGGCCGGCCCCGGCUAAAAGCUAACCUCGGCUAGCAUGUGGAGUUGUUGGCGGCCUGCGAUUUGGACGUUUUCAUGCGUUUCGCCCGAGUAGGAUUAUGGUUGCUACUGUUUGCAAAUGGCGACAUAUUUGCGUGGAUUUGAGGGAAUGGAAGCUCGGCGACGGCUAAAGCUGCCGGCUAGUCGGCUAGUCGGCUAGUCGACUGGACACCGGUGACUCGCUCGAAGGGUGGGCCCCGGCCCCGGCCCCGGCCCCGGGGGGAAUUCUCCUCACAUUCGACCAGUUUACUGCCGAGUGCCUCGAAUUCCCAAACGAGCGACAUUUGAUCGACGUUCUUCCAUGAAUUCUUCGCGGUCACUGUUCGAAUUGCCAACACGCUGUUGGUCAAAAUGCCAACGAGACCCCUCCGCUCCUCGCUAAUGUUGUUUUCUGCGCUAGCUAAAGCGAGCAUCGGGAUUAAGCAUUAAUCACAUGCCGCGACGCUACGGUUGCGUUCACUUUCCUGUAUAUUCAACACACCGUGUGCACAUACUGACUAAGGCCUUUGAGUCGAGAACCGGAUGACCAAAUAAUGACUACGAAUGAUCGGAAAGUGCGAUGUUUUCGAAGAAAUGGCACCACUCCCGCUGCUUCCGGAUCUAUCGACUAUGCGAAGGCAUCGGAAUGAGGUGACGGUGGAGUUGAGAAAGAACAAACGAGACGAACACCUACUGAAGAAGAGAAACGUCCCACAGGAGGAGAGUCUGGAGGACUCUGACGUCGACUCAGACUUCAAAGGGCAAAAUGUUACGCUUGAUGCCAUCUUACAGAACGCCACCAGCGACAAUGCGGUCAUCCAGCUCAGCGCCGUGCAGGCGGCCAGGAAAUUGCUCUCCAGCGACAGAAACCCCCCCAUUGACGACUUGAUAAAGUCUGGCAUCCUGCCCAUUUUAGUCAAUUGCCUGGAAAGAGACGACAACCCCUCUCUCCAGUUUGAGGCAGCUUGGGCUCUGACCAACAUUGCCUCUGGGACGUCGGCACAGACUCAAGCUGUGGUUAAAUCCAAUGCGGUGCCGCUGUUCUUGCGACUGCUCCGAUCGCCUCAUCAGAACGUUUGUGAACAAGCUGUUUGGGCUCUGGGAAACAUUAUAGGUGACGGGCCACAGUGCAGGGACUACGUCAUCUCCCUUGGCGUGGUCAAGCCGCUGCUGUCCUUCAUCGACCCCUCCAUCCCUAUCACCUUCCUGCGCAACGUCACGUGGGUCAUCGUCAACCUCUGCCGCAAUAAGGACCCGCCCCCGCCCAUGGAGACAGUGCAAGAGAUUUUGCCUGCCCUCUGUGUGCUAAUACAUCACACGGACAUAAAUAUCCUCGUCGACACAGUGUGGGCUUUGUCCUACCUGACGGACGGCGGCAACGAGCAGAUCCAGAUGGUCAUUGACUCUGGUGUGGUUCCACUUCUCGUGCCUCUCCUCAGCCACCAGGAAGUAAAAGUGCAGACGGCAGCUCUCCGGGCAGUGGGAAACAUCGUAACCGGCACUGACGAACAGACGCAAGUUGUUCUCAACUGCGAUGUCCUCAGAUACUUCCCAAACUUGCUGACGCACCCUAAGGAAAAGAUCAAUAAGGAAGCAGUGUGGUUCCUGUCCAACAUUACAGCCGGGAACCAGCAGCAGGUCCAAGCUGUGAUCGAUGCCGGACUCAUCCCCAUGAUCAUUCACCAACUGGCCAAGGGCGACUUUGGCACUCAGAAGGAGGCAGCGUGGGCCAUCAGCAAUCUCACCAUCAGUGGAAGAAAAGACCAGGUGGAGUACCUGGUGGAGAAGAACGUCAUCCCGCCGUUCUGCAACCUGAUGCAGGUGAAGGACCCCCAGGUCGUGCAGGUGGUCCUGGACGGCCUCAAGAACAUCCUCAUCAUGGCGGGCGACGAAGCCAGCACCAUCGCCGAGAUCAUCGAGGAGUGCGGGGGUUUGGAGAAGAUCGAGAACUUGCAGCAACAUGAAAAUGAAGACAUCUACAAGCUAGCCUUCGAGAUUAUUGAUCAGUACUUUUCCGGAGAUGACAUCGAUGAAGAUGCCAGCUUGAUCCCGGAAAGCACUCAAGGAGGAACCUUCAACUUCGACCCCGCUUCCAACAUGCAAACAAAGGAGUUUAAUUUCUAAGAAAAGAAGAAAAAAAGCAAAAGCCAGGAUGUUUGCGUCAGCCAGCCGCACGGGUACUCUGUAAUGUCUGUAAACACUCCCCUCCUCCCCACAGUGACAUUCAUCCAUCUCUCCUCCAAUCUGGCAACCUGAUAUGGAAGGAUUGACUUCACUAUGGAUACUCGCAGUCACUACUGAUGGAUUUACAGCCCCCACCACCACCAACCACCAACCACCACCUCUGCUUUUUGUUUGGUUUGGUUUUUAUUUUUGAAUGGUCACCCCUCGCUGCCAUCUGGCAACCAGCAUCACAACAAGGAUUUUUGUUUUGCUCCGACAUAUCACACACGGCAGAAAACGCGAAGGAUGCCGCGGCGACGUUUAAUGGCCGAAAUGUUCACAAGCACACUUUGUUUGGUCGUCUCCCACACCGACACACAUACAACACCCGCACACGUUUGGACGAUUAGUGUGCAUACUUCUGUUGGAAGCCAUCAUAUCACAAAUGGGAGAAAUACUGCUGUUGCGUUUUUACACUUGUUUUUUGUGGGCUCGCUCUCUUCCUCACGCAAAUACACCCGCCCGUAGGGUCGCACAGGUUCCUGCAAGCCCCCCCUGCCCGCAACCCCUCCGGCUAACCCUCUUUCACCCAUUGCAGAGCUAAGCCAUGAUUGACCGCGGACAGACCCCCCCCCCCCCUCACCCGCCACUCCUCUGAGGGUGAAAGGGCUCUUACGGUGGCAGACAGACUUGACAGGACUUCAUGAUGUCACUUUUUUUUUUUUUUUUUUUUUUUAUGUGACUUUAAUUGAAUUAUUCAACGGUGUGCCCAUUCCCCCCCCCCCCCCCCCCCAAAAAAAAAAAGUGAAGUAACUGCCAUCAUUUUUAAUUCUUCUUUAAAACUGAACUACCUGCUGAAGUGCAGGGACUUCCUGUGUCCACUGUAGCGCUGGUGCCCCCCAGGCUGGACCACACUGGACAUCCUGUUUGCUCAUGACUCCCCUGUAAUGUGAAAUUUAGAAAUCCGUGGUGGUGGGGGCAGGGGUGUUUAUAUCGAAAUUUGCUUUAAAAAAAAAAAAAACAAACAAAAAAACGACCUGAAUUGAAUCUAAUCGUUUUUUUUUUUUUGGGUUUGUUUGUUUUUUUAAUAAUUUGUUUUUAUGUUGAAAGGAUUUUUCUUUCUUUAGUUUCGGUUCAUGAUGAGCUUACUUCUGGUCGGAGCUUCCGAUGCGCUCUGUUUGGACGUUCACCGUGUUUUAGUCUUAUGAGCGUGUCAGAGUGUUAAGACCAUGCUGAAAAGAAAAAGUUCAAGUCACAAGAAAUAGGUGGUAUGUUGAGAGAAAAAAGCUAUCAGAAAAAAGUUGGAAUAUCACAGGGAAAGAGAAAAUGGUAUUAGGUUACACGAAUAAAGUCAUAAUGUUACGUGGAAAAAGUUGUACACAUUUUGUAGUGUUUUUUUUUUUUUUUUUUUUUUUUUUUCCUCAACUUUUUCCUAGUAAAAUUGCGUCUUUGUUCUGAAAAUUCAGACUUUUUUCUAAUGGCUUUCGCAUUUAGCAUUCUAACUUUUUUCCCUUGUAUGAUUACAACAGUUUUGACAACAACAAAAAAUAAUUAAUAAGAAAAAAGUCAAAGCUACAAGUAAUACUUGUAGAAUGCUGACUUUCCAUUAAUAUAUUACUGUUCUACUAACGUCACGACUUAAAAAUAAUACAAUUAUGAGGAAAAGUAAAGCUAUGAGGCAAUGCUAUUAAGCUGCACGAAAAAGUGAGGAGAAUGAAGUUGUAAUGUUACAAGAAUUAAGUCUGAAUGUUAUGCUGAAAAAGUCCUAACUUUUUGUAAUAUUACAACUUUUCCCAUUAAAAUUCUGUAUUCUCAUUAAACUGUCUGUAUUCUGUUAAAAUGAAAAUUAGGUCUUUUUUUUUCUUUUCUUGUAAUAGUACUACUAUUCUGAUAACAUUACGACUUCCCAGAAAAGAAGUCCUCACAAGAGGAAAGAUGUGGUAUUCUGAGGGGGCGGAAGUUGUAAUGUUAUGAAAAUAAAGUUAUGUGGAAAAAGAUAUAUAGUUGUAAGUUGAACCUUUUCUAAGUAAAACUCAAUACGAUCCUCAUAAUGCAGCUGUUUUUCAAAAACAAAUUUCACAUUCCAUUAUGUGAAUAAAGUUGCAAUGUUGGGGGGGAGACCUUACCAGGAAAAAGUCCGAAUGUAACAUUAAGAAAAGGCAGAAUGCUAUGUGAGAAAAAAGUGGCAAAGUUACUAGAACGUGUUGCAAUAUUAUGGGAUGGGUCCAAGUGGAGGCUAAUUUUGUUAUGUUGCAAGAAAAAGUCCUGAUGAAGUAGUAAUAUUCCAAGAAUAUUUGGAUGCUAUGCAAAAAACAAAAGUCAUUUAUCCGACGUAUUUUCCCACGCAAUAGUAAGGCUUCUUCAAAGAAAAGCGCCAUUUGUCCUUGUAGAAUCACUUUUCGCGUAAAGUCGCACGACUAGUAAAUUACAACUUAAUAAUCGUAAUAUUUCAACUUGAUUCUUGCAUUAUUUUUGAAUACUCGCACAAUUGAGACUGUAUUUUGGUCAUAUUAUUUAGCUUCUUUUCAGUGUGUCUUUUUUUGUCCAAAGCCUUCAUUGCUCGCUAACAAAAUAAAAAAAUGAAACUUUGGGGAGGGGAAAGCGCACGCGGGUCGAUACCUUCACCGUAACAGUUCACCACUCUUGGCCGACGAGCUUGCUCACUCUAUUUGAAUACUUGUUUAAAAAAAAAUGUGUAUCACUCUCUUGAAUAUAAAUCUAGACGUAUAUUGACAUGAAGCCUGUACAAAGCUGCUGCAGCUGAAACUCCUUGGUUGGACGACAACGAUGAUGACGUCGCUGUCUUAAGAUGGCUGCUCAAGCUUUUCUUUUUUUUCUCUCUCUUGCUGAAGCAAUAUUUUUGGGGUUUUUAUUUUUGACUUGCAUAUGUAUUGUGAUGACAUGCUGGUUAUUAAUAAUUGGAUCUGAUUUUUUUUCUCUCUUUCCCUCUUCGUAGUGGUGUAGGGCUGAUGAUGUGCUCUGUCUCCCGAAAAGUUGAAAUGCUCCUCUGGUGGGCUGCUAACUACUGAGAGGGUGUGGGGGGUGCUAGUUGUUUAUAACGAAACAAAAAGUCUAGAACGAGGGUGUACAGUCAUGCACUAGCGGACUAGACCGAGCCACUUUAAAGAUUUACAAUUAUGUUUGCCUUGUACCCGAAUUGGAUACAAGCUUAUGUUUGUUGCAAGAUUUUUACUUGCUCUUGAAAGGAGGGGGAAAAAAAAAAACAAAAAAAGUUGUUUUAAAUGAAUACUAGAAGAAAAGCAACAGACAGCGUUUUGGCCUCUGAUUGUUUAUAUCUUUUUAUAAAUUUUAGAUUGAACUCUCGUCUCUCUUUAAGGUGGCUCAUUGAUGCUUUCAACUCCUGUGCAUAUUAAAGACAAAUAUGAGUCGGAAAAGAAAAGUCACGGUGCCUUUUGUUUUGUUGAUUUAAAACCAAUAGAUUCAGAGAAAGGGUCUUUUAAGUGUGGGAAAGUUCAAACAUUUCAAUGGCUACUCAUUGAGCCAUUCAUCGCUCUUGUGUUGGUAAGAACAACAUUGUAAAUCCUGAAACUCCAAAUGGUUGAACUAUGUUAGUGUUGCAAGUUUCAAAAUACGCUUUUUCUUUAUUUUUCUCGAGGUGCAGCGCCCCACACUUUCAAAACCUUUGUAAUGGAGUACAAACACGCCAGACCUGUACCACACACACACACACACACACACACACACACAUGCUGGUCGCCAUGGCAUUGCAAACACAAUUGAAUCGUUUGCCCCCUGCCAUCACUACAAAGCCAUCAUCGCCACGUAACCUCAUUCCGGACGAUUUUUCAUAGCAUUUAUUGUCACGGCACCCUCAGGAUAUGACCCGUGUUUGUGAUCCGAAGCAAAAUAAAAACUUGCUGUUCAAGCCGAUGGGUCCUCCA